UAUAGAAGGGGUUUAAGCCAAUACGGCCAUACGUUUCCCCCCAAUUCAAAAACCCUAACUCCUCUGGCUUCCACGACGUCGUCGUUUUCCUGCAGCCCCCCCUCUCUCUGCAACUUUAGAGUAGACGAAGAUGAGCUUUGCGGCCUACAAGAUGAUGCAGUGGCCGACGGGGAUCGAGAACUGCGCGUCGGGUUUCAUCACCCACUCGCGCGCCGACUUCGUCCCCCAAGUAAAUCCCAUCCAGACCGAUGACAUCGACUCCGAAUGGCCCCACCGCGGUGACAUUGGUCCCGUUCCCAACCUCGUCGUCACUGCCGCUAACGUCCUCGAGCUCUACGUCGUUAGACUCCAAGAAGAGGGCAGCAGAGACUCCAGGUCCUCCGCCGAACCCAAGCGCGGUGGCCUCAUGGAUGGCCUCUCCGGGGCAUCCCUCGAACUCGUUUCCCAUUACAGGUUGCAUGGUAAUGUGGAAUCGAUGGCAGUAUUGUCCAUUGGAUUUGGUGAUGGGUCUAGGAGAAAAAGAAGAGAUUCUAUUAUCUUAGCCUUUCGGGACGCAAAAAUUUCGGUUCUGGAGUUUGAUGAUUCAAUCCAUGGGCUUCGUACAAGCUCUAUGCACUGCUUUGAGGGUCCAGAGUGGCUUCAUUUGAAAAGAGGUAGAGAAUCAUUUGCAAGAGGCCCAUUGGUGAAGGUUGAUCCACAAGGGAGGUGUGGUGUCGUGCUUGUAUAUGAUUUGCAAAUGAUAAUACUUAAGGCUGCUCAGGAUGGUUCUGGAUUAGUUGGGGAUGAUGAUGCUUUUGGUGCUGGAGGUGCUGUUUCUGCUCGAAUUGAGUCAUCUUACAUAAUUAAUCUACGAGAUUUAGACAUGAAGCAUGUGAAAGACUUCAUAUUUGUACAUGGUUACAUUGAGCCUGUGAUGGUGAUUCUUCAUGAGCGGGAGCUUACUUGGGCUGGGCGUGUCUCAUGGAAGCAGAAUACUUGCAUGGUUUCUGCACUUAGUAUCAGCACAACUACGAAACAGCAUCCCCUUAUAUGGUCAGCCAUUAAUCUACCACAUGAUGCGUACAAGCUACUUGCAGUCCCAUCUCCUAUUGGUGGUGUGCUUGUGAUUGGUACAAAUUCUAUUCAUUAUCAUAGUCAGUCUGCCUCGUGUGCAUUGGCUUUGAACAAUUAUGCUGUUCCUGUUGAUGGCAGUCAGGAGAUGCCGAGAUCAAGUUUCAGUGUGGAGCUUGAUGCUGCCAAUGCAACUUGGUUAUUGAGUGACGUCGUCUUGCUGUCAACAAAAACUGGGGAACUGCUUUUACUGACCCUUGUUUAUGAUGGCCGGGUUGUGUACAGACUUGAUCUUUCAAAAUCUAAAGCUUCUUCAGUGCUUACAGUGGGCAUUACAACGAUUGGGAAUUCAUUAUUUUUUCUGGGCAGUCGGUUGGGAGAUAGUUUACUUGUGCAAUUUACAAGUGGAUUGGGUGCCUCCAUGCUGUCAUCUGGUCUAAAGGAAGAGGUUAGAGAUAUUGAAAUUGAUGCCACUCCAGUAAAGCGACUGCGAAGGUCAUCUUCAGAUGCUUUGCAAGAUAUGGGGGGUGGUGAGGAGCUCUCCUUGUAUGGCUCAGCUCCAAAUAAUGCAGAUUCAACACAGAAAACUUUCUCAUUUGCUGUGAGGGAUUCAUUGACUAAUGUUGGUCCUUUGAAGGACUUCUCUUAUGGUUUAAGGAUGAAUGCAGACGCAAAUGCAACUGGAAUUGCCAAACAAAGUAACUAUGAACUGGUGUGCUGUUCUGGUCAUGGAAAGAAUGGUGCUUUAUGUGUUCUUCGACAGUCGAUUCGCCCAGAAAUGAUUACUGAGGUUGAACUACCAGGUUGCAAAGGAAUUUGGACUGUUUACCACAAGAAUGCUCGUGGUCAUAAUGCAGAUUUUUCUAAAAUGGCCGCUGAUGAUAAUGAGUAUCAUGCAUAUUUGAUUAUAAGUCUUGAGGCUCGUACAAUGAUACUUGAAACGGCUGAUCUUCUGACAGAAGUUACUGAAAGUGUUGAUUACUUCGUGCAAGGAAGAACAAUUGCCGCUGGGAAUUUAUUUGGAAGGCGUCGAGUUGUUCAGGUCUUUGAACAUGGCGCACGAAUUUUAGAUGGUUCUUUUAUGACUCAAGAUCUAAACUUUGGAGUUCCAAACUCAGAAUCUGGUUCUGCACCUGAGAGUUCAACAGUGUUGUCUGUCUCCAUCGCUGAUCCAUAUGUGUUACUGAGAAUGACUGAUGGAAGCAUUCGGCUUCUUGUUGGAGAUCCUUCUGCAUGCACUGUUUCCCUGUAUACUCCAUCUUCUUUUGAGACUAAGAAAUCAGUAUCUGCUUGUACACUGUAUCAUGAUAAAGGACCUGAGCCAUGGCUCAGGAAGACAAGUACUGACGCAUGGCUUUCUACAGGCAUGAGUGAGGCCAUAGAUGGUGCUGAUGGUGCACCACAUGAUCAGGGUGAUAUAUAUUGUGUUGUUUGUUACGAAAGUGGUGCACUUGAAAUAUUUGAUGUGCCUAAUUUCAACUGUGUUUUUUCUGUUGAGAAAUUUAUGUCUGGAAAGACCAUCCUUGUUGACACCUUAAAGCAAGAGCCAGCCAAAGAUGUUGAAGUGGAAAAUCAAAGUUCUGAAGAAAUGACUGGCCAAGGCAGGAAAGAAAGUACACAGAACAUGAAGGUUGUUGAGUUGGCCAUGCAGAGAUGGGCAGGACAGCAUAGCCGGCCUUUCCUUUUUGGGAUAUUGAGUGAUGGUACAAUUCUUUGCUACCAUGCUUACUUAUAUGAUGGUGCAGAGAGUACCUCCAAAAUUGAAGAUUCAGUGUCUGGACAGAAUUCUGGCCUAAAUAGCAUUAGUGGUUCUAGGCUUAGAAAUUUGAGAUUUGUUCGUGUCCCUUUGGACACUUAUGCAAGGGAGGAGACAUCAAGUGAAUCGCCAUGCCAAAGAAUUACCAUUUUCAAGAAUAUUGGUGGCCACCAAGGCUUGUUCCUUUCUGGAUCAAGACCAGCGUGGUUUAUGGUAUUCAGGGAAAGGCUUCGACUUCAUCCACAGCUAUGCGAUGGAUCUAUUGUUGCCUUCACUGUUCUUCACAAUGUUAAUUGCAAUCAUGGGCUCAUAUAUGUUACAUCACAGGGUAUUUUGAAAAUUUGCCAACUGCCAUCUGUAUCGACAUAUGACAACUAUUGGCCAGUGCAAAAAAUUCCACUGGGAGGCACUCCACAUCAAGUCACUUACUUUGCAGAGAAGAAUUUAUACCCUCUUAUAGUUUCAGUUCCUGUUCAUAAGCCAUUGAAUCAAGUUCUUUCAUCUCUGGUUGAUCAAGAAGUUGGCCAUCAGGUUGAAAAUCAUAAUUUGGGUUCUGAUGAACUGCACCGAACUUACACAGUAGAAGAAUUUGAGGUCCGCAUUCUGGAACCAGAAAAAUCUGGUGGCCCGUGGCAAACUAAGGCUACAAUUCCAAUGCAGAGUUCUGAAAAUGCUCUAACCGUGCGAGUGGUUACACUGUUGAAUACAAAUACUAAAGAGAAUGAAACUCUUUUGGCCAUUGGGACUGCUUACGUCCAAGGGGAAGAUGUUGCUGCAAGAGGGCGUGUGCUUUUAUUUUCUGUUGGGAAGAACACUGAUAAUCCUCAAGAUUUGGUUUCAGAGGUUUACUCAAAGGAAUUGAAGGGUGCUAUAUCUGCUUUAGCCUCUCUUCAAGGCCAUCUGUUGAUAGCUUCUGGUCCUAAAAUAAUUUUACACAAGUGGACUGGCACUGAGUUGAAUGGUGUUGCAUUUUUCGAUGCUCCUCCAUUAUAUGUCGUGAGCUUAAAUAUUGUCAAGAAUUUUAUCCUCCUUGGUGACAUUCACAAAAGCAUAUAUUUCCUUAGUUGGAAGGAGCAGGGAUCUCAACUUAGCUUAUUGGCCAAGGAUUUUGCCUCCCUUGAUUGUUUUGCAACGGAAUUCUUAAUUGAUGGAAGUACUCUGAGUCUCAUAGUUUCAGAUGAUCAAAAGAACAUUCAGAUAUUUUAUUAUGCUCCAAAGAUGUCCGAGAGUUGGAAAGGACAGAAGCUUCUUUCAAGGGCUGAGUUUCAUGUUGGCGCCCAUGUGACUAAGUUCUUGCGUUUGCAGAUGAUGUCCACUUCAUCUGAUCGUAGUGGUGCAGCUUCAGGCUCUGAUAAAACCAAUCGCUUUGCUUUGUUAUUUGGUACCCUGGAUGGCAGCAUUGGUUGUAUUGCACCUCUUGAUGAACUAACAUUUCGUAGGCUGCAGUCAUUACAAAGAAAGCUUGUUGAUGCUGUUCCCCAUGUUGCUGGCCUAAAUCCAAAAUCUUUUCGCCAGUUCUGCUCAAAUGGAAAGGCUCAUCGGCCUGGCCCUGACAGCAUAGUUGACUGUGAGCUGCUAUGCCAUUAUGAGAUGCUUCCGUUGGAGGAACAGCUUGAAAUUGCUAAUCAGAUUGGAACAACUCGUUCACAAAUUCUCUCAAGUUUGAGUGAUCUCUCUCUAGGAACGAGCUUCUUGUGAUAUUAGCUGAUCUGAAGCAGGUCACGGGGCGUAACGGAUAGCACUAAAAGUGAGUGCUGAAUGCUUGGGCUGCCUGGAUUCGACCAUCUUUAUUACAGCAAUUGCAUGCCAUUCUAGGGCCCUGUUGAAUCAUCCGUUUUCUGUAUUACUUGCAAUCAAAAAGGAGGUGGUUGGAAGGAAGUUGCUUGAUGGGUGUAGAUUAAUGUGAGAAUUUUCAAUAAAAAUGCUCGUGGAAGUGAGGAGAUUGGGAGGGGAAAGGAAGCAAAAGUAGUAGUAGUAGUUUCAUUGUUGUAAAUCAAUGUAACAUACACCACUAAACUUGCAGCUAGUGACUCAGACGUUAGUUUCGUGAGAACUGUCAAUUGACAAUGUUGUACAUUAAUUUAAUGAGGGGGAAGCGUGGAAGAAGAUAAAGACAUAGUUGCUUCAUUGUUGUGCAUCAGUGUGAAACUUCAUAUGAAUGUUUGUUGAUGACACAUUUUAAUGAAAAUUUUCAAACUUCUCAAGAUCAA